AUGAAUAAAACUUACUUCAAAGAUGAUAAAAUUCAAGGGAAACCAUCUCCGCCAAAUAUCACUAGUGUAACUUAUGUGACUGUAGAUCUGGAUUGGAAAGACUACCUAAAUAAAAUCCAUGAAAAAAUGAAUGCACAAUCUAAGAAAAUCAAUCCAUUAGCUGAAGUAAUUUUCAAGAAAGAUUCUUCUGAAGACUGGGAAAGUGGAUAUAUUGGCUACGAUCAUCGAUGUACAUGCAAAAACUUAGAACCUGAUACACCAUAUUAUUUUCGAAUGCGUUUUAAAAAUUUAAAAGAAUUUGAAAAUUGGAGUGAUGUGGUACAUGUUCAAACAGACCAACUUCCUGUAACUGGUCAUGAAAUACAUGUUGCCGUAAGACAGGAAAAUGUCAUACGUUUACGCGAGUUACUUGAAAAAGAACAAGCAUCCAUGGAAGCAAUAGAUGAGUUAGGAUUUACUGCUCUUAUGUACUGUGCCCAGCGAAAUCUUUCAGAAAUGAUGUCAAUCUUACUUGAAGCUAAUGCAAAUACAGAGACAGAAUCUAGUACAGGAAAAACUGCAAUUAUGUUUGCUGCUUUCAAAGGAAACAUUGAAUGUAUGGAAUUACUACUUGAAUAUGGAGCUAAUGUGAAUCACACAGAUAAAAAUGGUUUGACUGCUUUACACAUGGCAGUAGAUGGAGAGCAACCAAGAGCAAUCAGACUAUUGGUUAAAUCAUCUUCUAAUUUAGAAGCUAAGGAUAACAAUCUUGGAUGGACACCUUUAUUACGUUGUGCCGCUUUAAAAAAUAAUGGAAACGUAGAGGUAGCCAGAGAAUUAAUUAAACUAAAUGCUAAUAUUGAUGCACAAGAUCGUGAUGGUAAAACUGCACUACAUAAUUGUAUUCUACUUGGACACAAUGAUUUAUGCCGGUUUCUGUUAGAAAAUAAUGCCAAUGUGAAUUUAAAAACAAACAAUGGACAUAAUGCAUUAGUAUUAAGUGAAUCUGUUGGAAAUCAAAAAAUUCAGAAAUUAAUCAAAGAAUUUGUUAAUCAUAGUAAAACUUGGUAA